AUGGUGCGAGUUGGUCUAAUGGCUGUCCAGGAGGGUGUUAAGACUCCACACCGAAUUGAGCUUUGUGAAGAAAAAAUAGUAAAAUCAAAGAGAAACUGUAGAAAACGCAGAAUUGUGGCUGCAACACCUACUAAAACUGAAAAUGAAGAGUUGACAGCUGAACCACCUAUAAAGAAAGAAAUCAAAUCAAAACCAUUGAAGACAAGCAACGGUAUCAGCAACAUGACUAAUGGUAAUGUUGUUAGGUCUCGAGCGGCUCGUGCUGCCUCACGCUUGGCUGAAAGCCAUAAACUCACUGAAUAUUUUAAAGAAGAAGUGAAAAGUCCUAAAAAUGAACCUGCUUCCCCACCAAUGGAGAAGGCCAAAUACACUGAGGAAAGAAAUAAAGCUGAAGUUAAAACAGUUAAUGGCAACAAUCACAAAUUGACCGAGUAUUUUCCUGUACGACGGAGUGUAAGAAAGACCUCUAAAUGUGUUAUGGCUGAAAAGAUGAGGGAUUUAGAAAGAGCAAUAAGAGAACAGAAAGAAGAUGGACUUAAGGUGGCCUACUUUGAUGGAAAAGGGCGUGGGGUGAUUGCUACGCAGGCAUUCUAUCGUGGCCAGUAUGUUGUUGAGUAUACGGGUGAAUUGGUUGGUGUAGCUGAAGCCAGGGAACGGGAACACAAAUAUGCUCAGGAUCCGAAUGCUGGCUGCUAUAUGUAUUAUUUCAGACUACAAGAUCAGCAGUAUUGCAUUGACGCCACUGCCGAAUCUGGUCGAUUGGGGCGUUUGGUCAAUCAUUCGAGAAACGGAAACCUAUCGACAAAGGCUGUGUGGGUGGAUGGACCAAGAUUGGUGAGUCUUUGCGUCAUCACCCUUGGCUCGCACUUUGACCUGGAUUGCUAA